AUGAAUAAUAAUACCGGCGCAAAUUCAAGCGCAACCUCUCAAAAUGGUUCUGUACCAACAGAACUAGGCUCAAAUGAACUACGAUCCUCAUUUCUUGAUCCAGGGGUUUCUAAUGGUGAUGUCGACUGGCUCUUCAGAGGUAGGGAAAUCAAGAAACUGACAAAGAGAACAAACACCAUCAAUACAGAAGUUCAGUCACAACUUUUACAAGCUCAACACAAGGCCCUACUUGAAUCUAAGGGGAAGGAAUCAGGUGCCAAUAGUCCUGUUGCCAAUGGCAGUCUUUUGAACGAAAGCUUGUCUUCUGCUACUAAUUUAAAGUCUUUAAAUGACCAGAGCUUUGAGCAUCAGGCUAGCUCGCCCUCAGUUUCAAUACCCCAAAAAGUUCCUGAUGCACCAUUGAAAUCAUCUUUGAAACCAUCUUCUGUUAGUUCGUCAAGUACUUUGAAACUUGACACAUCUUCAGUUGUAGGUUCUCCGGUAUCUUCAUCAUUAGGUUCACAUAAAUCGCUAUCUUUAGCAAUGGAAAAUAAUAAUGUGGCCAACGUGGGAACACCGGCUCAUAGUGCUUCUCAGUCACCAGUUUCGACACCUGCUAACAGAUCUAGAAGCUCUUCUCUAUUUGGCAAAGCGAGGUCGCCUUCAGUAGCAAAUGAGUCUAAGCCAAAAAAAUCCUUCAUAUCUACAUUGUCAUCCAAGAUAAAGUCCUCAACUUCUUCUUCUGCUUCAAUAGCAUCACCUGUUGCCACCUCUAAUAAAACAGUACCAAUAGCUAGACGCGAAUACGCAAAACCCACUGUUCCAAACACAAGCAAUACAGAAGCUCAACAAGCAAGUAUUCAUGAGCAGAAAGAAACUAAUCUGUUGGACAAAGAACUGGGCCCAGUAUCAUUUAAACGUGUUUGCUUUGCUUUGAAUGAAUUGAUUGAAGAUCCACAACAACAAAUCCCUUCACGUCGGCCAAAGAGAGGUAAUGUUCUCAUUCCUGAAGAUAUGAUGGCACCACCCCCAAAGCUUUCCAUUGGAAUCACUAAUAGUUUUAAUGAACAGACCAAAGAUCAGAAACCCAACGUUGACCCUCAGAUUUAUGAAGAAGCGGUUGCUAGGCACAGAUAUUUCUUAGCCGAAUCUAAGAAGCAUUCAGAGGAAGCUCAUAUUGCCGCAUUAAGAAUGGCCAAGGAAGUUGCUGCUUUUAAGAAAAGAAAAGGUUCUUUCUUGAAAGGUAUUGACAGUGACGAAGAUGAAGAAGACGAGGAAAAUAUCACUGAUUCUAGGUUUUUAUCAAACGGUGACGAUGUUUUAGACAUUGAUACCCCUCUCCAUCAACAUGUUAAUUAUUUUGGUAACGUUGAAGAAGCAGCUGAUUCUCAGAUUGAAGAUCCCAAUACUGAUAUUUCUUUAGAAACUUUAUAUACCCGUUGUUGCCACUUGAGAGAAAUUUUACCAAUCCCUGCUACUUUAAAACAACUAAAGGACAAGACCAAGCCGCUACAUGUUCUAAAAAUGCUAAACCCGAGGCCCACCUUAAUUGAUAUUCUAUCUUUCUCUGAUUUUUUAGCCGUCGCCCCUAUAAUUACAGUUAUUUUUGAUAACGUUACGAUUGAUACGGAAAUGUUGAAGAUUGUUUUAGUAAGUUUGAAAAAUUCGAAAAUGUUGGAAAAAUUAUCCAUGAGAAACGUACCGAUUGAUCAGGAAGGUUGGAAAUAUUUGUGCAAAUUUUUGAAAGAAAACAAGGUAAUCGAAAAAUUAGACAUUUCCCAACAGCGUGUCAAAAAGUCUUCAGACAGCAAUAAAUCUGUAUUAAGGUCCGACUUAAAUUGGGAUCUUUUCACAGAAACUUUAGCUGAAAGGGGUGGAUUAGAGGAAUUAGUCAUUCAUGGAUGUUCAUUGAAUCCUUCACAAUUCACCAAUUUGGUCAACAAAGCAUUGACAUUGAAGACAAAGAGAUUAGGUUUAGCGUCAUCUCAGCUUGAUAUAGUUAAGAUGAAUGUCUUAUCUAAAUGGAUUUCAUCACCUAAAUCAACAUGUAUUGGUAUUGAUUUUGCAUUCAAUGAUUUAUCAUUAGGACAAUUAAAGUGUUUGAACUCAGAUCUGAAGGCAAACGGUUCGCAAAUUCAGUUACAAUUUUUCUCAUUGAAUUCUACAAAUGUGCAAUUAGACGAAUGCUCGGAGUUGAUCAAAAACUUGAGUACUUUGCCCUCUCUUCGGUUCUUAGAUUUGAGUAAUAACCCACAUUUAUUUCCUGAUAUUUUACCAGUCUUAAGGGAAAAUUUACCUAACUACCCCGACUUGAGGAGACUGCAUUUUGAUUUUGAUGAUUUAAACGAAUUUUCCAUCAUUCAAUUGUGUCUGAUUUUUCAAAAAUGCCCAAAAUUGGUUCAUGUCUCAUUACUAGGUAAUAAAACAGUCACAGCCAAGACAUUACUAGCAUUGUACUCUGCUGUUAAAAGUUCCAAUAUUUAUAAUAUAGAUAUGGACUAUGAGGAUUUAGAUGAGGAGUUAGUUUCACGGAUUGCCUUUUACUUAAUGAGAAAUAUGGAGAACUUCCUAAAUAAUAAUAAGGAUGAACUUGACAAAUCAUCAACGUCUUCCAAUAAAACCAGCCUAAAGGAUGAAGAUCUAAUUUUUGAUGGCUCGUUGUUGACAAAGGCUGCUGGCCAUUUAUUGGAGAACCAAUCUAAUAUUAAGGGCGAGGAGAAAAUUAUUAUUUAUAAAUCAUUAGUGGAGAAAACUUUGAAAUUAAGAACGGAAAUUCACAAUUCGAUGAAUAGGCUAUUCAAGGCACGUGAAAACCGAGAAUUAUCCAUUGAAGGUAAGGAGAAUUUAUUGAGGUUGUGCUUGUUAGAUGACUCGUUAGAGAAUAUCAUUGAUAUUUUUAGUGAUGAGGUUAAUAUAAAUAAAGACUUUAGCAAGUUGGAUAUCAAUGAUAACAGUAAAAGUAAUAGACCGGAGAUGAUUAGAAGGUUGUCAUCACAGCUAACAAAGCAUCAUUCUACCCAGGACAUUAUGGAUACAGGCCCAAUCAUCAACGAUGAGUAUUAUCAUAAUGAUGAGAGACCAACAUUAAUAAAUGAUGCGGAGCAAGCACCACAUACCGUUGUCGCUGAUGCCGAUAGUGUUCCUGUGGAUAGUACCACAGGUAAGAGAGUUUUCAUGAGAAGCUUUUCACAGACUAGUAUCCAUGCAAAGAAGCUAGAAGAAGAAGAGGGUGAAUUACACAGAUGGGGGUUUUUUGUUCAACAACAGAACGAUAUCAUGCCCGAUGAUUCACAAAAUUCCGACGAAGAACGUGAGAGGUUAAGGUUAGAAGCCGAGAAGGAGAAGGCAAAACAGGAAGAAGAAUUAAGACUUCGGAAGGAGAAUGAAAAGAAAACUUUAAUGAUCCAUCGGAUACCAUCAGGUAAUGAACUACGUGACACUAUUAUGAAAGCGAAAGGUAUCCAAAGUAUCAGCGACUUGAUUAAAAAAGUAAACAAAGAUUUUACAACUGUUGAGAAUAUCUAUAAACACGUUGAUGCAAAGAAACAUCAUAAGGAAGCGGAGCAGAUUAACUCGUUUCCUCACCAAAGAAGUCCAACAAUUGAGGAUAAUACGGUGCACGAUGAGGAUGCAGUUAGUGACGCUGAAUCUAUUGAUUCAUACCAGGGACAAGAAUUGGAUCAUAUAGAUGCGGACGAAGUUUAUGAGAGGAUUCUUGAUAAUGUGAUUAAGGUUAGAUCCAACAAGGAGUUGCAAUAA